AUGCCACUUGGACAUCUCAAUUUCAUUACCGGCAACACAAAUAAGCUUGUUGAGGUCAAAGCUAUCCUGGGUGACAUUGUGCCUCUACAGAGCCAGUCUCUAGACUUGACCGAAAUCCAAGGCACUAUCCAAGACAUAUCAAAGGACAAAUGCCAGAGGGCUGCUGCAAUUAUAGGAGGACCGGUUUUGACAGAGGAUACAUGUCUCUGCUUUAAUGCAUUGAAAGAGCUGCCGGGUCCCUACAUCAAAUGGUUCCUUCAAGCGCUUGGCCAUGAAGGCUUAAACAAUCUCCUCAUGGCAUACAAAGACAAGAGCGCCCAAGCCGUCUGCACCUUUGCCUACUGCUCGGGACCUGGCCAUGAGCCCAUCAUUUUCGAGGGACGAGUCACUGGAACGAUAGUAGCCGCUCGGGGUCCGACUAAUUUUGGCUGGGACCCGAUCUUCGAGUACGAUGGCGAGACUUAUGCCGAGAUGGACAAAGCGAAGAAGAACAUGGUGUCUCAUCGAGCCAUCGCCUUGUCAAAGCUCAAGCGAUGGCUGCAGGCUCAGUAG